AGCAGAGCUGCUCCUUUUGGAGUACCCAGGGAUCAGCAGAGGAACUCUGGAGAGUAGGAGAGGCCCAGGACAGCUUGGGCCUGGGACCAAGUCCAGAACUGGGGGGUGGAGGCUAGUUCCUAAGUGGAGGUGUCCCUUUAACAACAGCUAGCCUGGCCCAUUUGGAUGCACUCUUUGCCUCCCGAUCAGCUGUGGCUGCAGCUGCUGUGCUGACUCAUUGCACCAGUAGCCAGCAGAAACUGGGGGCAUGUGCUCCUCAGGGGCCUCAGCAGGCUGGGGGCUUCUGGAUUACAAGACAGAGAAGUAUGUGAUGACCAGGAACUGGCGGGUGGGCGCCUUACAGAGGCUGCUGCAGCUCGGGAUUGUGGCCUACGUGGUGGGAUGGGCCCUCCUUGCAAAAAAAGGCUACCAAGAACGGGACCUGGACCCCCAGAUUUCUGUCAUCACCAAACUCAAAGGAGUUUCUGUGACUCAGAUCAAGGAGCUCGGGAACCGUUUGUGGGAUGUGGCUGACUUCGUGAAACCACCACAGGGAGAGAACGUGUUCUUCUUGGUCACCAAUUUCCUUGUGACGCCAGAUCAAGUUCAGGGCAAAUGCCCAGAGCACCCCUCUAUCCCGCUGGCUAACUGCUGGGUCAAUGAGGACUGUCCUAAAGGGGAGACAGGGACACACAGCCAUGGCAUAAAAACAGGUCAAUGUGUGGAAUUCAACGGGACCCACAGGACUUGUGAAAUCCAGAGCUGGUGCCCAGUGGAGAGUGGCACUGUGCCCAAGAGGCCCCUGCUGAUCCAUGCCAAGAACUUCACGCUGUUCAUCAAAAACACUGUCACCUUCAGCAAAUUCAACUUUUCCAAGACCAAUGCCUUAGAUACCUGGGACUCCGCCUAUUUUAAGCACUGUCGCUAUGAUGCACUCUCCAGCCCCUACUGCCCCGUGUUUGGCAUAGGAGACCUUAUAGCUGCAGCUGGUGGGGACUUUGAAGACCUGGCAUUGCUGGGUGGUGCUGUAGGCAUCAGAAUCCACUGGGAUUGUGACCUGGACACCGGGUGCUCUGACUGCUGGCCCCAUUACUCCUUCCAGCUGCAGGAGAAGAAUUACAACUUCAGGACAGCCAGUCACUGGUGGGAAGCCCCAGGUGUGGAAGCUCGAAGCUUGCUCAAGCUCUACGGGAUCCGCUUUGACAUUCUCGUCACUGGGCAGGCAGGGAAGUUCGGGCUUAUCCCCACAGCCAUCACGGUGGGCACUGGAGCUGCUUGGCUAGGUGUGAUCACCUUCCUCUGUGACCUGUUGCUACUGUAUGUGGAUAGAGAAGCCCAUUUCUACUGGAGUACAAAGUAUGAGGAGGCAAAAGCACCAAAGGAGGCUGCCAAUCCUGAAUGGACCAAGCCAGCUUUCACACCUGCAAGCCCCAUUGCUCAGGUGCCUUAGAUAGGGCCAGCACCCGCCCCCAUGGUAGCUGCUACUGGGAGCCAGACUUGGUUGCUAGGGUGGUCCUGUCUGGGCUCUGGUAUCCACUUACCUGAUUAUUCYUGAGGCCUGUAGCACUCCAUGUUGUUUGGGGGGUUGGGGGCUGGGAAGGAUGAGGUCCUGACUUGGGGACGUUAAGGAUGAGAAACUUAACAGAACUGGGGUAGGGAGUGGAGGGAAAAUGCCACUCUUGAACUCCCAGGCAGACUUUACCUCCUGAGUCCAGCCAUAGCAGGGUGCUGCCUGGGGAGCUAUGGAAGCCAGUUUUGUUUAGAGACAUAUGGUAGAACACAAGCCAUGGAGGUGGGGUGAGUUUUGGACAUUUUCAUUACAUCAUAGAAAGAGGGCCCACAUAUGCUUAGCUUACGCCCACCUGCCACUUCCCUGUGACAGCCUUUGGGCUUUGGAGGGCUUAAACAGGGAAAAGAGGACAAUGGGACUGAAUUGGUGGUCACUGGGUCCUUUGUUCUUCUGUAUAUCCCUUUGGAGAUCACCCAGGCUAACCCCCCACCCCAGAAUCUGAUUACCAGGUUUCCUAGGAGCCCUGGAGGUGGGGAGGCUGUAUAUCUGGAAUUUACUGCCAUCCAUGUCAUACUCAAUAACCUGUCUGGGCACCUGCCCACCUUAGCCUGAGGCAUAUGCAUGCAGGAGGCCCUAAUCCUGACCCAGGCAGAGCACAGUGGCUGUAAGGAAUGU